UUUUUUAAUUUAUAAACAUCACAUGUCAUAAUAAUACGGGCACAGUAAACAACUGUUUACCAACAUAAGACUUUAUGGCGACAUUUGUAAAACCAUAUAUACUUGAGAAUAUUUCAGUCCUUUGCACCUUGUCGGAGCCGUCAGAUUACACAAUGAGGCUGUUUACCAUCGGAACACUCAGUCUAUCAUGUUUCAUAACGGUUGCCUGUGGUAACUACUAUCAGCCGUACGGAUACAGCUAUGGGAGUACGGUAGGGUACGGCGGAGGCGGAUAUGGAUAUGGCGGAGGCGGAGGGUUCGGGGGACUGUUCGGCAUGCUUAUAUUCUUAUUUGUUUUUAUCUUCAUUAUCGAGAUUCUGUUCGGAUCUCUAAAUGGAGGGGGAGGCUACAGUUAUGGGCAUGGAGGAAAGGGGAAAAGUAAUGGAAAAUAUGAUAACAGCUAUGGCAACGAUUACGGACAUGGAGGAAAGGGGAAAAGUAAAGGAAAAUAUUAUGACAGUUAUGGCAACGAUUACGGACAUGGCGGUGAUAGCUAUGACACUGGUUACAAGGAUUUAAAUGUUUAUUAAUAAAUGAUAGACCAAAAUGGACAAGAUGGACCUCAAACUAUUAUGAAACCGGGAGUGACCGCCCUGAGACAGACCAUGGAAACGACCAAACGAUAGUGACUUUGGAACUUAUUAUAUUUUUUCUUUCAAUUAUAUUUUCAAAUACAAGCAUCAUAAAA